UGCGAAGAGAGGUGUCACGGACGUUCACGUGGAGUUUCCGCGGGCCACAGUGUGACAGACACUGGGUGCGGAGAUCCAGAGCGUGGGAUCCGUGGUGAAAGUUCACGGGCUGGAAGUAGAGUUUGGACACCACGUGACGUGGUCGCGGGUGGGGGUGGCGGCGACUCAGCGAACUUUGGACGAGUUGCGGACAGAACGAGCCGGACCCCCAGGGCGCGAUGGCUGACUGAUGAUCGCCGCUGGGACCGGCAGCUUCAUUCACAAGUUACUUCCACUCACCGUCACCGCGUACAACGCUCGGGCACUUCGCGUCGCAACACGAUGGGUGAGAAAGCCGGCGCGGACGCCGGGGAUGCGAGCGAGGCGGCGGGGGGAGCGCGCGGCGCGCUCCCGGCGCGGGACCCCCCGCUGCGCGGCAUAGAGCUGGACGAGCUGUCCAAGGAGCGCGCGAGCGGCGUGCCCGAGACGCGCCUGUACCGGAGGAGGUGGCUCGUCGUGCUCGUGUUCAGCUCGUACUCCCUGUGCAACGCCUUCCAGUGGAUCCAGUACGGCAUCAUCAACAACAUCUUCAUGAAGUUCUACGGCGUGGACUCGUUCGCCAUCGACUGGAUGUCCAUGGUCUAUAUGCUCACCUACAUCCCGUUCAUCUUCCCCGUCACCUGGCUGCUGGACAAGAAGGGGCUGCGGGUCAUCGCGCUGCUGGCCACCGCCUUGAACUGCGUGGGCACCUGGGUGAAGGUGGCCGGCGUGCGGCCGGACCUCUUCGCCGUCUCCGUGUUCGGACAGCUCACGUGCUCCUUCGCCCAGGUCUUCAUCCUCGGCAUGCCGUCCCGCAUCGCCUCCGUGUGGUUCGGCUCCCACGAGGUCUCCACGGCCUGCUCCAUCGGCGUUUUUGGCAACCAGCUGGGCAUAGCCAUCGGCUUCCUGGUACCACCUAUUCUGGUGCCCAAUGUGGACAACCUGGAUGAACUAGCCCACCACAUCAGCAUCAUGUUCUACAUCACGGCUGGGGUGGCCACCAUACUCUUCAUCCUGGUGAUCUUUGUGUUCCAGGAGAAGCCCGACAUCCCACCUACCCAGGCUCAGGCGAAGGCCCGCAGCAUCCCACCGGAGCAAUGCUCCUACACGGCCUCCAUCCUGAGGCUGCUGCACAACAGGCCCUUCAUCCUCCUCAUCUUCACCUAUGGACUGAACGUGGGCUGUUUCUAUGCUGUGUCCACGUUGCUGAACCAGAUGAUCAUGGAGCACUAUCCUGGCGAGGAGGUCAACGCUGGGAGAAUCGGGCUGACCAUUGUCGUCGCCGGCAUGUUCGGCUCACUCAUAUGUGGAAUAUGGCUGGACAAGACCAAGACGUACAAGCAGACCACGCUGGCUGUCUACCUCCUGUCCUUCGUGGGAAUGCUGGUGUACGCCUUCACGCUCAACUUGGGCCACCUCUGGGUGGUCUUCAUCACCGCGGGGGUCCUUGGGUUUUUCAUGACUGGGUACCUGCCCCUCGGGUUCGAGUUUGCCGUGGAGCUCACGUACCCGGAGUCCGAGGGCACGUCUUCGGGGCUUCUGAAUUGCUCCGCGCAGGUUUUUGGGAUCAUAUUCACCAUUGCUCAGGGGAAGCUCAUUGACCGCUUCGGGACUCUGGCAGGGAACAUCUUCCUCUGCGUCUUCCUCUUUCUAGGGACGAUUAUGACAGGAUUCAUUAAGUCCGACCUUCGGAGGCAGAAGGCGAACCAGCAGGCUGAGAUGAACACGAGUGGAUCUUGUGAGAGGAUCACGGCUCAUCUGGAGGCGAACGUGUCCUCGCCAGCAACGGUCGACAAUUCCUCCUCCAAGGACAAAGAGCCUUUGGGACAGUCGCAGAUGGACGCGGACACCUCCCAGCCUCCAGAAACCGUGCCUGUGACAGACACAUGACGGCGAUUCAAACGGACCCAACGGAGGCUGACCGCUGCUCACACACCCAGCAUACAGCACAUGAUUGCACAUACAGCCACAUGCUUUUCCACCACACUAAUGUUACCGGCUUCUCUGACCUUUACAAGGGUGAGAAGCAAGAGGACAUGCAGUAUUAAGAUGAGAUAUUCUGGGACAGCAUUAUUAUGGAGGCGAUCAUCGAUGACAUCCGCACAGCGUGGAACUCUUGGGACCCACCUGGCAACGAGCGAUCACCGUACCACCAUCCCAUACGGCCAACACCCACGGCAGACAGACUGAGACCACGACCUUUCAGAGUCAGGUUUUGAAUUUCCUAAAUACGAGUGUUGCACCAAACGUAACGAACAAACUAGAGUUUUCAAGAAAUUGCUGACAAUAUUUGAAUGGGAAGCGUCAUUACUAUAGUAGUUCCAUCACACCCAAAUGGAAAAUGGCGUACGUUCAUAUGUCAGUUCAUACGUUCAUAUCUCGGUGCGAAAAAAUGCAUGAUGAGCAUGUAGUUUGGACAGCCUGGGGAGAAAAAUCCCAGCGGCAGAUAUUCACACGCAACUUCAAUGUGCAUAUGGAGAGGGACACUAGCAACGUCGGGUGAACGGCUUAGGGAUCCUUCAAGAGUUGCCUGUAAGGAAAGCGACGAAAGAAAAAUCAUGAGCGCAACAGAGCGAAUGGGACUGGCGGUAAUCAGAGGAUUCCUCCAGAAAAAAUUUCCAACCAUUUCUUGAUAAUUUCAUGUUCGUUGCUUUGGUUGUGACACUUGUAGUUAGCCUCAUCGUUGUUUAAAUUUCACAUGUACAAUUUUUUAUCCCAAAUCUUACCCAAUUUAUACAGGUUAAGUCUAAGAAUAGAGGAUGCCCUUGUAUGGUGUUGUGUUUUACAUUUGCUGUAGACAAAGAAGCUAUAUAGUAUACUUUCAUUAAGUAACGAGAUGGUAUGAUAGUCUACGAUGGUAUGAUAGAGGUGUUAUUUUGUUACUUGUUAAUGGGAUUCAGAUGAAGUCUAUUUCUAGUCUAAAUUGUACAUUAGGUAUUCCAAAUGUAUUUAUUUGUUGCACAGGGGUAGCAUUUUCUCAAAUUUUACUUGACAAAAACUUUAGCGUAGACAUCCGAAACGUACUUUGAGACAAUGAUUCUCCAUUCUGAGUUUUGUUUUCUAUAUUAAUGCGUUCUGAAACCGAGUUUUUCCAAAGCCUAGGCCUUUGCUAGUGCAUCGGCAUAGUACAUCAGCAUAUUUUACCGUAUCAAAAUUUAAAGAGGUGCUAUACAAGGAUAACUUCAGAGUACAAUAAAAAAAACAUUUGUGACUGCAAUAUUUUUCUAAAUGCUUACAAAAUAAAACUAUAUAAUAUAAUUAAUUGUAGCAGAGAGGGGUUACAACUUUCAGGAGUCAUUACAAUUACAUGACAACUGCCUCAUCUUUAAGUGGUGGUACAAUAAUAAUAAUUGCUUGUCCAAGUUGCAGUAGGAAUCCUGGUAAUACUCAAAGUAUAUUCUUCUCUCAUAUUAACUCUUUUUACAUGAAUUUUGACUUGCCGGCAGAUGUAAUUUGUACCCCAAAAAUCCAUUAAAAGGCUAUCAACUCACAGUACAAGAAAUACAAUAUGAAAACAGACAUUUCAGUUCAAGAUAUGAAACUCAGUGACUGAAGAUUCUUCAGAAAAUUCUUCUGUACAACUCUCUUCUCACUGUGUGCCUGCUGGAAAACAUCUCUCAUAAAUCUUGACUGUAUCAAUAGAUAAAACACAUAGACUUCUCCUGAAAGGCAAUAUCAUUGCGAAUGACCUUGUUUGUGUGAUUAGAUUUACUAUUUAUUUAUCACAAUGGAUACUUAAUGAAUUGUAGCAGAGAGGGGUUACAACUUUCAGGAGUCAUUACAAUAAUUACAUGAGAGCUGCCUCAUCUUUAAGUGGUGUAGUAAUAAUAAUAAUAAGAAGAAGAAGAAGAAGAUGAUGAGCACAACCCUCUACUAAGCAAGCAACUAGUGGAAAAAAAAUGGAAUGAAAUAAUAUACCAUAUUAAUUUUAUAUAGUGCAUGUUAAGCACUUUACAAUAGAAAUACAUGGGUUACAACUCAAAUAAUUCACGUCACCAUUUUAAAAAUUACAACAAUAAAAGCUGAACAGAACAACAGCAUUUAGAAAUUUACA